AUGGUUGAGCACUGUCCUGUUCAUAAUAGCGAAGUCUAUCUGUUAGGAUUGACACCGCGUCCUACUGUUCCACCUCCUUCUCCACCGUCUCCAUCAACUCCGACGGAAGCCGAACCAAACACCAUUAUCGAUGAGCUCUGCCUGGACGAUGUUGAGGCGUUUGAAAAUACCCCGGAAACGGACUCGCUUACCAAGCAAAGACUCUCGGGUGCCGUCCAUGUCCUAAACACGGAAGCGACUGCUCUGCGGAGCCUCACCCACCUAUACAAGACCGAUGCCACGGCGACACAGGGAUUUGACGCCGCGGUAGGCGCUAUAACGAGGCACGGAGGCGAACGGGGUAGCAAGCUAGUCAUCUGUGGCGUAGGGAAAUCUGGUCACAUCGCCAAAAAGCUCGUUGCUACCUUCAACAGCCUCGGGGUACACGCAACGUUUCUACACCCCACCGAAGCCCUACACGGCGACCUAGGCAAGAUCGGGAAGCAUGACACAGUCCUCUUCAUCACCUUCUCGGGAAAGACGGCGGAGCUACUUGCGCUGCUGCCGCACCUGGACGCCGCACUCCCCGUUAUCGUGCUAACCUCGCACACCCAUCCCGACGCCUGCGAGAUCAUCCGCCGCCGCCCGGACGCCAUCCUCCUCCCGGCCCCAAUCCACGAGCCUGAAACGGCGUCGUUCGGAGUUUCGGCCCCCACGACUUCGACGACAACAGCCCUAGCACUCGGAGACGCCCUAGCGGUAGUUGCCUCUAGCGAAACGCACGCUGCCGUGCCUUCCGUCUUCGCCCGCAACCAUCCCGGCGGUGCUAUUGGCCAGGACGCACGCAAACCCCGCCUUCUCCGCGAAAUUGCGGUUCCGCUUGCCGAGAUCCCCGUCUGGUCGCCUCCUAACAAGAGCACCAACACUACUACCCCCCUAGACCCGAACACGAAUAAUUGCGACUCAAUCGACAAUGGGGCCUGCGGCGCAGACAUCCUAAAAUUAGGCUACGACUCACGAUCUGGAUGGGCACGCAUCGGCAACGCAAUCGCCUCGCCCAGCCGCGUCAGGAAGCUCGACACGAAAUCCCUCACGUCCCGCGUAUCUGCGAUUCCGGACCUGCUGGUCGAACGCGGUGAGUGGAUUAGCAUACGUGCCGACACACGCAUCAGCCAGGCCGCGGAGUGGCUGCGGGAACCGCUUAGAUCCCCCGGCUACGGCGGGGAGGCGGCUUGUAAAGAAGAUUCGGUGCUAGCGGUCGUGGAGGAUGGUGAGGUUGUUGGGGUUUUGGAAGCGGGAAGGCUUUUGGAGUGGCAGGAGUGA